GGCAGGGCUGGACGACCAAUGUGGCAUGGAGGCUCUGGAGACGGCGCUGGGCUACUGGGAGGACGCCCUUGCUGCAUACACCUCAGGGCUGACGGGCGGCGUGGCGCUCACCUCCCAGGACGAAGCGGAGUUCACGGCGCUGCUGCAAAGAGUGAUUGACGACGCGUACAGCCUGCAGGACCAAUGCGAGCACCUCUUCCUGCAUCAGCAUUCAGUGUUGUUCCGGUCCUCCAGCGUGACGCCCGUGGUCUCCGAGGCGGCAUUCGAGCACCUGGAGCGGCGCACCCUCACAUCCGCCUCCUCCUACGAGUCCUUCGUCUCUGCCUCUGGGGACAUCGCUGACCUUCGGGACCUUGAAGAGUUCGACGAGGCCCAGUACCCUCUCUACCUGGCGGCCCUCAAGCAGCACGAGGACGGCGGCAUCCCCUACAGGGACGUGCGGGCAGAGCGGGUGCGCGUGGCUAGUGACGUGGAGUACGUGUGUAAGGUUCACUGCAUCCGCCUGGCUUGCCAUCUGCUCUUCGCGCAACAGGACACCAAGCAGUUCUUCGCGGACGCCGGCAGGCAGAUCAUUGGUGACCUGCUGGUGCGCGCCGCCAAGGACCCCAAGGACGCCCUCCAAGCCUACGACGACAUGCUGGACUUCCUGACGGAGUGUGACUGGGGCGAGGUGGAGUCGGAACUGCAGGGGCGCGGCGUGAAGGCCAUUACUUUCUACGACGUGGUGCUCGACUUUAUCCUGAUGGACGCCUUUGAGGAUCUGGAGAACCCGCCCUCUUCCGUCACCGCCGUGGUGCAGAACCGCUGGCUGUCCAACGGCUUCAAGGAGUCCGCCCUGUCCACCGCCGUCUGGAGCGUGCUGCGAGCCAAGCGGCGGAUGCUCAAAUACCACGACGGGUUCAUCGCGCACUUCUACGACGUAUCCGAGCACCUCUCCCCCGUGCUGGCCUGGGGCUUCCUGGGGCCUGACGAGAACAUGCGGGAGCUGUGCACGUUCUUCAAGGACCAGAUCGUGGGCCUGCUGCAGGACCUGUUCAGCUUCAGCAGCGUGCGCUACACCACGGUGGAGGAGUUGGCGGUGGACGUGAUGAACCUCACCAGGGAACGCUUUCAAGUCAUCAACCAAAAACUGGCCUUGUAGUCCCUCCCGCCGCAGGAGCCGCGAAGCAGCGCCGCCGACCAGCCACAAGUCAGGUUGUACGAGUAUGAAUGUAGUAUGUAUAUGUAUGUAUGUAUAUACCUGCUCGCCCUCAGGCCCACGGCAUCUCAAUGAUACUCUCCUGUAUUAAGAUGGAAGCUAAACAGGCACUUCAUCUGACUUUCUGCUGUGCCCUGCUGUGCACACUCAGCGUCCUGCCUCGACGGCCUCCUCGCUCACCCUCACGUGCCCAACAAUGUACAACACACGCCAUGUAGUCGUGGGUCGAGGCGGGACGCUGCAUGAUUUUCAGAUAACCUGAUGUGUCCAGAACAAUAAGUGUUUCCCCCUAUGAAUAUUUAUAACAUAAAACCUCUAUAGGUUGUUGUUGGUAGUGCCUGCUUGUUACUAAAAAUGAAAUGUUAUCAAGAGUUUCUGUGUACAGUUUAAGGCGUUGAAGUUUUAUAGAAAUAUUAUUAUUCUGGCACAAACAUUUUGUCAUUAUGACUAGUAGUGUUGAGAAAUGUAAGGAUGGUGAUCACGUUAUCGCUGACAAUAAUCAAUAAGUCCUAGAGUGUGGCAGCGUGGCUGUGUGGCAGCGUGGCAUCUUGUGCCAGGAGGAAGAGUGAGGCAGACGCCCUCACCUAAUCUCUCCAGUGUAAUUGUGGUGCAGCAAAUGCCACAGCGAGCAGGGCGGCGGUGCAGCGAUGCGGCGUGAACACAGUAUUACCUGCUGUCCCUGGAGCUGUGUCGCGGCGAGGAGGAAGGGUCACUUUAGCAUUCCGCUCUGUUCAGUGUGCGGCCUUUGUAAGUGUGGGUUGUGGCGGGCUGAGGGAGGGGAGGGAGCGCCUCCCCACGGAGCCUUGCAAGUCCUCGGAUGAAAUAUUCCAGAAGUUAUAUGUAGUUUAUUUACUGUGAAUUAAUAUGAAUAUACAUGUACAGUAUUGA